UUUAUUUGGCCUGUAUCUAAUUAAACUUGACUUGAAAAUUUGCCAAUAAGAUCAAAACCACGCAUCGCCGUUUACAGUGUUUAUGUGCUAUCUCUUUUCAACGAAUGAAAUGUUCUAUGGAUUAAACGAGUGUGUGAAGGCAUACAUGCAUGUUGCCACUGUACUGCCAUUUAAAGAAAGGUCCAAAAACGAUGAAAACAACUGGAAAAUGAAGAUAUGAAAGCUAAGUAUACGUUUUGUCUUGUCUGUAUUGUAAAGUGAUAUUUUGGUGCUUGUUUCUAGUUUUACUUUUUGUGAGAAAACAGAUACAGAGAGAUUUUGAUUUCAUCAUUGAAAUUUUGUACGCGGUAUAUUUCUCGCAGGGUUUCAGUAACAAGUUUUGUUUUUGUCCACAAAGUGUUAGUGUGGUUUGUGGAGUUUGGAGUAUGUGUUUCUCCGGAAUCAUAUGCUUUGAUUUUUUGAUUGUUCUAGCUUUUGACCAGUUGUUUUACAUAAUAUGUUAUAUUUAUGACUAGUUCGGCACUUUGUCAACAAAUUUAAAAAUAUAUUCUGGCUAAUAUGUAUAUUUGCAUUUUUUAAAUUGUUGAGGCUUUGGAUGCAUGGAACUUUGCCAAUUUUCAUAUUUAUUAGGCAACUCGUACGUCGUUAAGAGAUAAUCGACGUAAACGUCGAGUUCCUGCGCGUCUGUGUCGGCCGGCGGGAUUAAAACGGUUGUUCGUAACGCUUCGGUGUAAACGCGUAUUCAGCCCGGGCGGGUUUUGCUUAUAUAUUGACUUCCGGCGUCAGGUGAUUUCGCGAAGUCAACCCAGGUAUUUCAUCAUAUCUUUCUGAUCUUCAUCAACGUUGAGCCGGAGACUGCUCGCGCGUUGCAUCUAAAUUAAUACAUCGCAAAUCGAAGUAGAUUUCGUUCAAUCGAUAAAUAUCAUUUCAACCUUCGCGUCGAUACCUUCCAUGAGGUCGUAUUAUCUACAGAUAGAUCAACAACGCGCAAUAGUUUUAGUUAUAAAGAGGAUCACCUUACGAGGAGAUAUACGGUAAUUUUGAGUGGUCUCGGUUUAGUCAAAGGUCCUGUAUCCUCGCGUACGUUUUAUUGUUCCGGUGUUACAUUAUCAAACUAAAUAAGUUCGAAUCACAUUAUGAAUAUCGUGGCGGAUGUAAUAAAUUUGUAGGUGCGGCACUUGUUCUGAAGAACCCGACAUUCGAAUAUAGCGCAUCGUUUACCAAAACGAACCCUGCUGUAUACCUUUCCCUUUCUCCAACAUCCCAGUGAUUUCUCGUGGAAGUGCAGAGGUGUUCUCGGCUUCCAAUAAAGCGAGUAUCACGUCAACAUAUUCCUAUACAAACUCCUUCUUUGACCUGCAUUCGGAUGCGGCCGGCGCUGGUAUUGCCUAAUAUAAAGAUUUAGGUCACCUGUUUUUACACAUUGAGGAUGCAUGUUGGUCCCAAACAUCAUCUAUUGGUUCUUUGUGUAAUUACAGCUGAUCUGGCAAUAACGGAGUAGCAACCGCGGGCGGUCAAUCAUGCUCAUGCUCAUGCUCAUGUUCGGAGGUGAUUGUUCACGGUCAGUCAUUGUUUCAAUAGAUUUUUUUCUCAGGUUGUAUUUUGGUUAAGGGAUGUUACCAAAUUUUGUUAUCAAUAAAAAAUAGAAUAAGAGUAAAUGUUUCUCGAUUGAUGCUUAAAAAGUAAAACAUUGAGUGUGUCUUACGAAGGUCACAUGCGGAACGGUUGCUCGCCUGACACCAAGCUACAUCCAGCGAUAAGAUUUUUUCGUAUGAAAAAAAAAGUUAACACGAAAAUAUACCCCAUUACCAAGGAACGAUUUUUUCACUCGAUUGGAAUUCUAUUUAUUUGGUAUAAUCUGGCUCUUACAAUGGUUACCAGCUAAUGACUGGACGUGAAACUUUGCAAAGUCAAUUAGUAAAUAAUGAGUUUGUGUGGCCAAUCACAAAUGGUGACUUCUCAACACUGUUAGAAAUUUGUAAUUUUAAUUGUUAGGAAGCAAACAAUUCCGCAAUUAGGACUUAUCAUUCGUAGGGAUUUGAACCUACUUGUCAAAGAAGUGAAAUAAACUCACUUGCUUAUAAAAAGAGCUUAUCGUAGCAAUUGAGGAGUGCAACGAUUUUUGUCGAAAAUUAGUAAUAAUUCUAUUUGACUAAUGUUUCAACACCAGUUGUAAGUCUAUGAAUUCAAGUAACCAAAUCAAGCAGUACGCUUCAACGCAUACAACUUUUUCUAUGUCAAGAAGAGCAGCUCCAGUGGAAUAACCAACGACAGCAUAAUAAGUUUCGUUCAGGCAAGGCCAUCGCGAAUAAGAAACAAAUCCGGAGUGAUUUGUGAUGAGGGCUCAACUGGCAAAAGAUAAACAUUGCGGAAUAUCAGUUUGAAAAUUUGCAAGUACAUUUUCAAAUCGUAAUUUCAAAGGAAGUGACUAACAUUAACAUCAAUACCAAAAAUCGACGUAAAAUAUACCUGGCUUAUAGUUUUCUAACAAUACUACAUUAAAUUUGUGCAUUUAUGGCUUAAAUCUGCACUUUUCUUCUAACCUUUUUCUAAUGAGCCUUAAAGCAUUCUGACAACGAGAUUCGUCCACCUCUAUUUCGCCUUAAAGCAUUCUGACAACAAAUACGCCCAUCUUUCUUUCGCCUUGUUCUUAUUUUUUCUCCAGUUGCGCCCCUUUAAAUGCGCCUUUAUUUUGAAAACAAAAGUUGAUCCGCCCUUUACUGUCGCCUAUUUACGGAAUAUUUCGCAAAUAAGCCCGUUGCUUCAAAACAAUGUAAAGGGCCUAGUUCCAAAGUAUCUUUUGUUUUGGGUAAACUGCUUUAUCGCCCUUCCCUAAAAGCUUGAUUUAAAUAAUUUUAUCGAUUUAUACAAAAGAAAGGAUUCUUUUCAUGAAUUUCGAAAAUCUUUUCAAACUCAAUAGUAUAAUAAAACCAUUUGUUUACAUUUUGUUAGUUGAGCCUUAAUCGCGAAACACUCCGGAAAUACCCUGGGGUCUUUUUUUACGCGGGUUAUUUUUAUGCGUUUUUUUUAUACGCGUCCUUUUUCACGCGAUUUUUUACAAUAACGCGGAUUAUUUUUACGCGAUUUUUUGAAAUAACGUGGAUUAUUUUUUUUAAAUAAAAGUAAAGUAAAGAAAAAUCAAUCAUAUGGUUCAUGACAAUAAGAUUUUCUGUUUCUUUUUUUUAAUUCUCGCUUAUUUUCCGUCGGUCUAUUUCCGCCACUGUUGUGGCCAAUUACCGACGCCCAGGGAGGCGACUCCACACCCAGGUUCCUAACUCACGACCCGUUUAUUAACGGACCGGCACCAACGGCUUUACUUCCUCAUGCGAUGGAAGGCGUGAUCCCAGAGAUUUUUCGCCUCAGAAAAUCUCCCGGUGUCGGCUAGGAUUGAAUCUAGACCAGCUGGGUUGGUUGUGAGUGGAUCACGCCACCUCACAACCAUCGACACCUAUGUCGGCGGUGGGAUUCGAACCUAGGCGUCGAGCGUGGUUGGCGGAGACGUUACCAACCACACUAGGCCCCCGCUGCAAGAUUUUCUGUUUUAUCAAUCUAGAUAAUGCAUAUUUUUAAUAUAUUUGCUGUUCUCAUCAAAUAAUAGGCAAUUUCAGUUGUUUCGGGAAAAGGAAACAAAAAUACAUUAAUAAUUGAACAACGAUGAGAGUCAGGGUCGUUGCGAAUAACUUUCGAUUAAGGAGCGAAGGUUAAAAAUAUGGCAAAAUCAUUUAAAAAAGUUAUUGUUUUGUUUUUCAAUGAAUUUUCAUUUUGGAAGCACUACAGACUCAUUUUGUGUUUUGUUACCAUUUUUAUUUUAUUUCUGAUGUUUAUAUAAGCUUUUCAAUCGGAUCUUUCUAUUGAAUGGAGUUUUUUUACGGGUUUUUCUCCAAAUUACGCGGUUUUUUAUGCGCGGAAUUUUUCAACGCGAUACAACCAACCGCAUAAAAAAAGACCCCAGUGUACACUAAAGUCGCUUUUUACGCGAGGGAUACGUGCCGCGUAAAAAAACCGCGUUAAUUCCGGAAUCCGCAUAAAAAAAACCGCGUAAAUUCCGGAAUCCGCGUAAAAAAACCGCAUGAAUUCCGGAAUCCGCGUAAAAAAAAACCAGCGUUAAUUCUGCAUUCCGAGUGAAGGGAAACCGAAAUCCGCGCAAAAAAAUAUCGCGUAAAUUCCGGAAUCCGCGUAAAAAACCGCGUGAAUUCCGGAAUCUGCGUAAAAAAAACCGCGUAAAUUCCGGAAUCCGCGUAAAAAAACCCGCGUAAAUUCCGGAAUCCGCGUAAAAAAACCGCUUAUAAAAACCCGCGUAAAAAAAAUCGCGUUAAAAGCGACCUUAGUGUAUAUCGAACGGUUGUCUUCAGCGGUUUUCAACCUCUUUAGGUUCUUAGCUGGCCUAACGUGUGUAUCAAGGACGAAAAUAGCUGCUUACUAUUGAAAUGGCAGCCAGCAAUGAGGCAUUAAGAGCCAGCAACUUUGGUGCUGAAAAGGACGGAUCAUUUAAUACCCAAUGUAAACUGCAAUAUGCAAAGUAGGUGGAAUGAACGAGAGUGGCGAAAUCGCGCGUCCACACCUUCCACUUACACUUCGCCCACACAACGACAGAAGAGUCCUGAACUGACAGACUGGAUCAAUAGCAAAAUGAGACUUUCUGCAUCGAUUCAUGUGUUUAUCGCGCUUUGAACCGUUGAAUUAAAUAAUUUUUAAAUCUUACCAAAUCAAGUAAUUUCUGAUUCCGUGCUAAUCAUCAAGCAAAAUGUAUUGUUUAUUCAAAUGUUUCUGUAGAACAGUAAUCAAUUUUGCUUCGCUAUGCGUAAGUUUAACUGGAGAUUUAUUAACAGCCAAACGACUCUAUUUUGUUUGUUUGUAUACCAAGGCCAUUCAACACCUUUCCACGCCACUCACUCAUCAUCAAGCCGCGCGACAGUGUGCGUAGGUAAUCUGAAAAGGUUCUGGAUAGAUUUCGAUGAAUAGUUUCUAUGGCUAUUUUAAUAGAGCUUCCAUUUGCUUGCUGUUGUAAUUGUUUCUGUUCGACACCUUUUUUUGUUUACCUAUUUUUCACAUGAAUACGCUUAUCAAAGUUGUUGAGAAUCGCCAUCACUUGCGUGUUGUAGCAGAGGAUCGCAAUUAAUUAAAUUAUAACGGCGGCUUCAAAUGUGUAUCGUUCUGGUUUAUUACGUUUGUUUAUCCCAAGCGCGUUAGCGUGACCUUCGAAACUUAGACUGAAAUCAUGCAAUAUUCACAUUUCACAACUUGUAUUGGUAUCGGUAUUCUGUAGACACAAUCAAUACAUUAAUCACUGGCAGAAUUCUUUCAAAUGAAUAAAUAGGCUGUUUGAAGUGGCUUUUUGGGCGCCGAAAUUAUUUUACGACUGUCAGCAAAACACUGAUACAACUACAAUUUUAUAAUGAACGGUGUAAAUUGAGCUACUGCGUAAGAGCACACUGCGUUGGUAGACGAUUUUGAACGGGCAGAAAUCUAUUCCGCAAGCCACGGAUCAACUCACCCGUAAUCAUGAACAGCCGUUCGUUGUUGUCAGUAUGGAUAAACUCCGGCAUAUAGAGUCAGCCAGUCAGGCAGUCGAGCAGGCUAGAUGGAAACUAUAAAGUGUAGACGAAAAGGUCGUUAAACCUAACGUAAAACAACAGAAAACUGAACGGUGGUACGUUGAGGUACAUGCCUUUAGAUCCGGAUGGGCAGCGAUGGGAACAAACUGUAGUGGAAUGAAACUAUUUCUGUGUGUAAAAAGAAAGAGUAAAAAGUUGGAUUUAUCUAUGAAGCUCUCAAUGAACUGUUUGGGUGUGCGGAUACAGUAAAGCGGAAAGAAGAAAAUGGUCUAUAGGGUAACGUGUUAAUGCUAACCGGGCCUCGUUUGAAAGACGAAAAACACAACUCAAGUGUUUUGGGCAGUGUGAAAACAUUGUCUAAAUUAUUCUGAGGAGCAGGCACCGUUUUUUCUAAUAAACUUUUCUCAACUAAAAUUGCGAUAUAUAGUGCACAACUGCAAAACAGGAUAUUUUUUGAUUUUAUUUCCUUGAUUUGAUAUUGUCGAGGAGCAUUUUGUUGAUUUAUGAAUAAAAAAAAGGGAUAAGACAGCACACACCUUAUAUAUUAGGUAACGUCCAGCGACUCAGCGAAUGUUGCUAUUGAAACAGUCAAAAUCGUUUUUUGUUGUUGUCAAUAAUGCAACUUUUCAAGAAUACUAAAGUUGCAAAAAACUGUUGAAAACCUGAAUAAUAAAACAGUCAAUCAAAGUUAUAGAAAAAUUGUUUUAGUACUGUCAACCUCGUUUCGAUAAAUGUUUAGAAGUAAACAUAAAAAAUUUAUAAUUUUAUUAGGCGAAACUCUGAAAUAAAAUCAUUGAAAUCGGUUCAAAUACCGCUAUUCUUCGUGCUGUGUAAUCGUCAUCUUCUAUGCAACUGAAACGCUUUGAUCUUACGCGCUAGCUCUUACCAACUGGAUGCAAGCAAGUUAAGUUCAAUAUUAUCGUUUAUUGCGAGUCUUACUACCAAAUCAGCUAGUUCAAAAGGUUCGUCAUGCCAUAAGAUGUUCUGGUUUGCUCCUUUGAAUACUGAUUACGUUUUUUGUAUAUUGUUUUUAUAUUAAAUAAACAAACCAGGUCGACCAGGUUAAAGGAAACAAAAAAGUACCGCUAUUGUUUAUGAUUUCGCAUUUCGAAAAAUGUUAGACUAAUAUCAUAUCUUCAGAUUAACUUCCUUCUAUUCAUCUACUUUGAUAUUUUUGACGUAGAACUACGUUUUCCAAGAAGUUCGGCUACAUAGAGGUGUAAAAUGAAAAUUUAAAAACGGAAAUAGGGAAAAUAUGUCCAAUUUCAAAUGAUGCUAAGUCGGUUAGAUUUCAAUGGGUUUACUUCGUUUUUGCAGCAAUCAAUUGGGAAAUCAUCUAUGCAUCCGUCCAAAUGCAGAAAAUCGUAAUUUUGAUUUUUUGAACUAUUGUACUAUUGAAAGUUGUCAAGCUUUGUUGAAUCGCAGAUUUUGACUUCUGAUUGGUCGUAUGGUGCUUGUUUUCCCUAGCACGGUCGACAAAAUUAUAUACCUAGUAAACCGGGAAUGCACUCUAUAUAAGAUCCUGAUUCUGCUCAAACCAAUAAGUUUAUUAGAUUAUUGCAUUCGGAAGUGAUCGCGGAUUCUUUGAAUGAUAUAUGCUAAGAUCACGAUAGACUACCUUCUCAAUGUUAAUAACUUUUAUUCAACACUAAUUAUUAGUGGGAAGCUCUGGAAAUUAUAAUAAAAUGGCAACUGGAAUCGAUCAACGGCCCAAAGUAUCAUCCUGAUAUUUGGCCAUCUUUGUUUAUUUUCCAGGAUCAUUAUUUCUAGAGAGUUAUUUUAUAAGUGUUAGAUAAAAGGUAUUGUGAUUCACUCUCGAAUACAACAAUGAAAGUAAUGUAACAAACAACCUUAUGUAGUUCUACGUCAACCUUGCGGUCGUGGCUUUGCAUACAAUCUUUCUGUUUUUGAUAUUUUUUAUGAAUUUUUAUAUAAUACGAGACAUUUCCGAGCUUUUUACUCCUUUCGUCGUAAUGGCAGCGGAGAACGGCGUUAUGAUUGCUCGUGAAAUUAAUGUUUCUAUGUUUUCAGUUACUCUUUGCUAAAUUCAAUAUUUUUCACAUCUAGACUUUUACUGGAUUUAUUACUUUUUGAACAAUCGAAAUCAAUCAAAUUGAAUCGACGACAACACGUCCAAAAAUCAAUCUACACUUUAGUUGCAUACCUUGACUAGGAUAGAUGAAAAAUAAGUAAAUUUGUAAUCUUUUUUAUAAGUUUUUGACACUCGUAUUUACAUCACUGUGGACAGAAACGCUUUAGUAGAUUAAAAUGAUUAUUUUUAAAGCUCGUAAUGAAACGUUUAAAAAUCUAAUAUCAUUUGUUUUAUUUGAUAAAAUUUUGUUUAUUCAGCUGCAAAACAACCUAAAGUAUAUAUUUUCAACUGUAUUCCUACGAUUUUUUCACAAAUCACAUGAAUUGUAGUACAAAAGUCACAUCGGAAAUUGCAUAUUGUAUGAUUUCUACACAAAAUGAGCUAGUGCGGCGAGUGUGUUUACAACGCUUCAAUUGUGUGUAGUGAAUAUUAUAUGUAAUUUUUUUCAAAUCAAGAAAGAAGGAAAAAACUCCCAUUCUGAUUGGCGACAGUCUGAUUAACAGUCCAAUUAUCAUUUCACAGUUCGAGUAGCUUCAGUAGCUUUCAAGUAGCUGAUGAAAAUAAAUUUGUAUAUAUUGAUUUUUUCGUUAAUGAAGCAUCAAACUCGAAACUAUUUUCUCGCAGAAAAGGUAUAAACUUUCACAGUCAUUUGCUACCUAGAUUGAUGAUUAAUUUCCAUCAUUGUUAAAAGAGAAUCUUUGCUUUGUUAGAUAGAUUAUUUGAAUCUAUCGAAUAUUUAAUGUCAGAAAAAAAAAAUCAGAUGGAAUGAUUCAUAUUUAAACACUUUCGAUUUCCUUCCUAGUCCAAAUGUGAACGAAGUGUACAGUGUCACAAUAUACACAUCAGUGUACAAACAAACAUUGGAAUGGCGCAGUGCCGCGUAGAAAUGCUUCCAGUCUAGUUUUACGCUAUUUGAAUGACAUCACAACUCGCUCACAUGCUCUCCAACUCCUUUCGCAGACUAUUUAAUAACACCGGUCGAUUCUGCCGUGGCUUGCUGGUUUCAGGGGAAGGGGAGUAGAAGGGUGCUGAGGUGAUUGGUUUUUUUUUGCUCACAUAAAACCGCAUAUGUAAGCACACAUACAAACAAAGCAAGACGAUUGAGAGGCGACUUAAAUAAACAUUGCGCGUGAUCUGCCACACCACACAGCACACUUUAGGAGUUUGUUCCCGCGCAUCGAACUGUUACGCGCCUGAAUGAAAAAGUGAUGCAUCGUUGAUUAACCUAAUUGAUUUAGUGUCCGAGUUCCCUACUGUAGUUAAGAUGCUUGGUUUUUGACAAAUUUUGCGGUGCUGGAAAAAUGGCGAAUAUUUUUGGAUUGACCACAAAAAUGUAAUGUGCACUUUGUUUUAAGCUAAUGAAGCACUUAUUUUGGGUAAAGGAUUCCAAUAAAGCUGUUAAACAACACUGAAAAUUCAAAGAUAACAGCGUACAGUUGAACUCUGUUCAUAUGAGCAUGCAAGAUACUGUAAAUGAUCGUGUAAUGUAUUCACAUAACACGCUUCAUAAAAUAAAUUAUACGAGAUAAAAUUUUAAAAUUAUGUUACUUUUGUAUAUAUUUCUACUCUUUUGGCUUGUUAUUCGCAAAGGUAUAUGCUUUCACAUCGCAAAAUGUCAUACAUUAAUUCAAAUGAACCCAACAUCUCUUGACUAUUUCACAUAAAAAGACUGCAAACAUGUCGUACCUCUAGUUUGUGAAAACAAAACUACUUUUCUUUUUCUAUCCUAUUUCGUACUUAGUAAAAUCGACAUUUAUUGCAGCUUCCAUAAUCUUCUCAGGACACUUGGUACCAAUUCACAUUCUUUUCACGUGUAGAAACUAAGCAAUUCGUUGCCUGAACCUCCCAAAACCCCUUUUUUCCAUGGAAAACCGAGACCAGGAGAAAGCAAUCAAAAUAAAAUGCAAACCGGUGUACAUGAGUGCCGUUUUGUUGUUUUUUUUUUUUUUUGUUACAUUGCAGCAGGCCCACAUAUAUACGAAGUAUGGAGAGCCCUGAACUGAUCCAACCGUGUUGGUACUAAGCCGCAAAGACUGGCCCAGUAGCGAAGGCGCCAGUAGAGACGGUAACCGUGGAGUGGCCAUGAUGGUGGACGGAAGAAACUAACGAAAAGACCGGACUAAAGUAUAUACAGUCAUCAGCCGGGUUCAUAUUUGAGAGAUCAUGACGAUGAUGCGCGAUUUUGCUUAUGAUGAGACUCUGAGUUCAGGGGAGCCCAUUUCUCCCAAUGUUCGUUCCCACAUUGCCGUUAACCACAAAAGUCUAGUUGGAUGAGAGAUGCUCAAAUACAUACGAUUAAAACAAUAGGGGAAAUGAGAGGCGAGCCUCCUGCUGUGUGUGGAGCAGCCUUCUGCUGUGGAUGUACAUAUCGAGCUGUUGAACAUAUCACACAUUUUUCCUCAAGAAGGCGACAAAGGUUCUUGGGAAGCUGGUCUUUCGUACGAGUGUCGAUCGUUACUGUUCAAGGCGCUACAUAAUCUCAUUGAACGAUGUUUACUUUCGCGGGAUGUCGUCCGCCUGGGCAGGUGGUUCGUACAGCCGAGUUCCAACAGCGAGCGAGUGUUUGGGAAGAGCUCGCUCCAUCUUUCAUUCUCAUUCGCCUUUUUCGUGCAUGGGGACAGCACAGUAUGUGCCUCAAUGGAUAUCCGAGAGCAUCCUCCAGUCAGGCCACUUAUGGUGAAACAUUUGGAGGAAGCUCAAGUUCAACAAGGCAGUAAUUGCGACGUGAAACCACGAUCUGUAAUACUAGCUCCGUUCGGUCUCGCUGCAACGCUCACUGGUCAAAGCUACAAGACUAGUGAUCCGCAGACGCAGAAAGUUCUUGACGACUGGAGCGCCUUCUAUCCAAUCUCGAACAAAAACAUUAACCUGUCGGAAAGCGCAGACACGGUGCCUCCCAUAGUGGAAAUUAUGACCGGCGGUAUAAAAAUGCGCUACCCGUCAAAAUAUGUGCUUGUGACGGACAUCGACGAUUGGUCACCGCCUGUAGCGAACGGUUCUAUUCAGCAGUCACCAGCCAAAUUAACAUCUCAAAGCGCAUCUUCCUCUUUAACGGCGGCCGUAGCCAGUUCUUUGCUGAACAACAACAGAAGCCCUCUCAGUCCGUCGCAUGCCGCCGCUAAUAACAACUCACCGACUGGCUGUGUUUAUGGUGACAACACUCGAGAUACGAAGCCGUUCAUGAACCCACCGCUCACGGUUCCCGAAUCACCCUCUAACGAUCUUGGUAAUCAAAACAGUAUGUCGUCAGCAAUGAUUAACAACUCACCGGCAAUCUUGCUACCGGAGCGCGUCUGGCAAGAUUGCAUAAUGCAUGUUGCUCCGGCCGUUUCACCACCCCAGCAAUCUCCCAGCUCUGCAGUCGGUGAAGGUGGAGUCACCAUAAAAUCGGAACCAAAGGAUCCUUCAUCGAAUUCGUCAUCAACAUCAUCUUCAUCGUCCAGCGGAACUGUCAGUAGUAGUAAUAACAACGAUAGUAGUCUAUCGGCCACGGUCGAUGGGAAUGCGAACUCUGUGUGGCAGAUUACUGACCCCAAUCUGAAGGUUUCCUGUGUGUGCAUCAAGUGUAGGAAACCAACCGGAACCGGUACCGGUGGAGGACGUGUGCUGGGCAGCUGUGCUGCCACGUAUCGAGACCCCGGAACCGCUUCCGGAAGAGAUUCCAGUACUGCCUGGUCCAGUCUCUCAGCGAAGAAUCCUUCUGCCAGCGGGGGUCGGUCAGAGAAACCACCUCGAUCGCAUCGGAAACCGUUCCACCGGAGACCGCCCCAGCAGCUACUCUACCAGUCCUGCACCUCCUCACCGUAUGUUGUUGGCGGUGCUGCUGUUGCUGUUUCCGCCACAACUGAUGCUGCUACUGCUGCAGAUAGUUCCGACUACUGCUAUCUCGAUUCCUCUCAAAGGUCCAACCAGAAUUGUGGUGCGGGUGGCAGCACGCCGUACGGCGGACCACCGUCCUACUGUCGGAACCCACUGUCGAUUGGCGAUUCGCACCCCUUACCCUCGGAGGGAUCACCAGCCAGUGCGGCACCGUCCCCGAUGCAACCGUCGUCAGUGUCCCAGCCAACGUCGGUGCCAUCGGGUGAUCAGCUUAUAACCAUGUCACCGCAUCCACCCGCCUCGAACAAUCCCCGAAGUGUGCAACCGGGAACGCCUUGUUUGGAUCACCUGGACAAGAAUACACCGGCACCAACGCCAACGGAUCAACACGAGAGCAAGAGUGUUAACGCCUCUCCAUAUCACACUCCUUCGCAUCCGGGUGGAGUAUUGAGCGUAGAGGCUCCCGCCUCGCAGCAAUCACAACAGCAGCAUCAACAGCAUCAGCAGCAGCAACAACAACAACAACAACAGCAUCAGCAGCAGCAGCAACAACAACUGCAGCAGUCCGCACAGCAGCUGGCAGUAAGCAACAAUCUCAGUAGUACCAGUAGUAGUAGCAGUGGAGGAACAACUAAUAGCAGUCCGAAUAACUUACCAAAUCAUGGAAUGAUGAUGGGGAUGCGCUUGAAAUCAGAGGGAGCACUUGGAAUUUGCGGGGAUAGUAUGAUGUUGGGUACCAGUCCAAGCAUAUACAGUAGCUUGAAUCCAUUGACGAACCAAACUCAAAUGAACAAGAGGCAUGCCUUGUUGCAAAUACUACAGUCCCUUAAAAGGCCAUCACUUUCAUCGCGUGAUUACGAAGGAAUGACCGGCGAGGAAAGUCCGAGUACAUCGCAAUUGUUAUACGAUUACUCCGCUAUCGAUGCUUGGAUGAACCAUCCUGUCAAACGGUUCAAGCCAAACGAGGAUUCUAAACUUGCGCAGCAAAUUCGUAACCUCGAUUUGUACGCUGACCAGAAGAAGCAUUCGGAAAGAUACCUGCUAUCGUUGCAGAAUGCUUCCGGAACUGAUGGAGAUGGUGGUCGCGGAGUCAGGUCAGAUCAGCAAGAUCCACUGGCACUGCCAGACGAUACUGAAGUAGGCCCUGGAGUUGGUGGAAUGCUGAACGAGAAUCAGAUAAAGACAGAAAUCGGAUGUGAAUCGCGAGGUGACGGUGAUAGUCAAAUGUUGGGAGCUCAUGAGAUAAAAAAGGAGAAGGAAGAUAAGGAUGAUAGUUUAUUCACGGAGCAAGGGUUGCAACCAGCUUUAGAUGAUCUAGAUCAGCUGUUCGACGACAGCACAAAUUAUCCCGACGAUUCAGAUAUACAUGCAAACACGAGUCCAGCUUCAAAUAAAAGUGGAGGUGGAUGCAUGGAGGAUAUGAAAAGAUUUCCUGGAGCUGGAAAUGCAGUGCACUCCGGGAUAUUGAGUCCAAAAGAAUUGUCUCAGAUGUUUCCUACGCCUCCGAGUUUAGAGCACCACCCAAAUUCAAGUCCCGGUGGAGGUGGUUGUCUCUCCGAUGGCAUCGUGAUAGAUACUAUGGUAGAAGCAACAGUUAUUCCAAUUCUCGGAAGCCCACAAGAGGAACCGAUCGACGAUUGGUCCUAUGUAUUUUUACCACCGCCUAUCUGUAAAUAUGUAGGAUCUUCAAAGUAUGCGCCACUCCAGCAGCUUCCAAGUCAGCUCAUGCAACCACAGGUUACGCUUUCGAUGAAUUGCUAUUAUAAAUCAUCGUCUCAGCUGCGCAAAGAGAAACAAGAACGUGAAAAAUAUAUAAAACUUAGAGAGCUUCAAGAACAUCAGGAAAUCCAACAGCAACAACAGCAAACGCAACUGGAAAACAUAUCGCCGAAUGCAUGCGCCGUAAAUAAUAACAUGCUAAAACAGGAGCAUGCAAUGAUAACUGUACCGCAACCACUAAGUACUCCCAAUUCACUAACCAUGAAUGGGGGUGGCCAUCCGUACUCAAACCCACCAUCACAGGGAGGUCAAUCGCAGCCCCUGUCAAGACCACCAUCCGUGAACUCCCUACCAGGUAUGAUGGGUUCCGGAGGCAGUCUAAUGAGUCCCUCUCCCAUGAAUAAUGGAAUCAUGGGCAACAAUAUGUUCCAUCCUGGUGGUAUCGGCAUGAAUGUUCAACUGCGACAAGGCAUGUCUCCUAUUUCUCCAGCAACUCCGGGUGGUGGCAGCGCUGCCGGAGGUAAUUCCAUGCGAGUGCCAACCCCACAAGGUUCCUGCCCUCUUCCGUAUCCUUCCCCAAUCGGAGCGCCUAAUGGAGGUUCAAUGACCAUCAACAAUAUCCCUGGAAGUCCGAAUCCUCUGAAUCAAAUGGCUUUCCGACGGACACCGAUCCUUCCUCCUCCACCUUAUGAUGUUGCAGUUGCUUCACCAGCUACUUCCACCACUUCUUCGUAUCACAACAAACAGUUUGGAAUGGAUGACGGUCCGCAGACUCCGUUUGCAAUGGCAAAUGGAACGAACGGCUCUUCCUCUCAACAGCGGAUAGCUAUCGAAACAAAUGCGCUGUUGGUCAAUGUGCUCCUGUAUGACACUUCGCUUAACAUUUUCCGCGACCAUAACUUCAACAGUUGUACACUGUGCGUAUGCAAUGCUGGCCCGAAGUGCGUGGGAAAUAUUCGUGGGGCGGAUUCCGGACCGUAUCUACCAUUACCGGGUACUAGUUUCCUGGGCAACGUUGGAAAAAGCGGCGGCAAUAGUGAACGGGAAGCCAAAUCUACACCCUCUUCUGUGUCGCAUUUCAACGGGAACAACAAUCAUAAUAACAAUGGUGCCUUUGGAAUGAUGGAUUCACCUGCUAACAAUAACCAAGGAACCAAUUCUGCAAUGGUGGCAAUAAAUUCAAGUACACUGCAGAAUGGGUACUUGGAUGAAGAUCCGAUCAUAUGUACAUGUGGUUUCAGUGCGUUGGUAAAUCGCAGGCUUGCUCAUAGGGCUGGUAUGUUCUACGAGGACGAACUGGAAAUUACCGGAAUGGCUGAGGAUCCAGCAUCUAGGAAGAAGAAAUCGCUGCUGGAGUUUUUGCUUGGCAAGAGCGACUAUACCAGCAAUAACAGUAGUGGAGUCAACUGUGAUAUUUCGCCGCUACCGCUUCGAAUCAUGGAUCUGUUGCGGGAACACUGUGCGGUCAUUCAAAGUUCGAGUAAUUCUAUUCACCGGGCUGUAACCCGAUUCCAAAGUGCAAUGACAGUCAAAAGUGUCUCCAAUGCCUCGGUGCAUAUGUUAGAAUAUACUGACGCCAAUGAGGUUAUUAGUUUAGCGCUAGAACAAAGUCGGCAGCAAGCAAUCACUGAAAAUAAAUAUGAAGAUACUGCCUUGGUGCGCUCGGGGCUGUUGCGGGGUAAUAUAAAUGUCCAUAAGUGGCCAUAUUUACGCGCAGGAGGUCCAAAAAGUAAUCAGGACAUUGUGCGGAUAAUGAAAUCAAUGCAACCGCUUCUCCAGGAUGCCUUCCAUAAAAAGUGCACGACGCGCCUUUGGGAUGCCCCUUAUACGAUACAGGGACCCCUCACUUGGCGGCAAUUCCACCGUCUCGCGGGACGAGGCACGGGCCAGUGUGAGCCUCAGCCGGUUCCAUCAUUGGUUGUUGGCUACGAGAAAGAUUGGCUCUCUUUAUCCCCGUACGCAAUCCAAUACUGGGACAAAUUAAUGCUCGAACCGUACUCUUACCCCCGUGACAUAGCUUACGUCGUUGUACUUCCAGACAACGAUUUUAUUGUUUCAAAAGUAAAAACCUAUUUCAAAGAACUUAGUACAACGUACGAAAUGUGCAAACUUGGCCGGCAUAAUCCUAUCAAGGGAUGGGAUGGAAUACUACGAGUCAGCUCAAAUCGUGUUCUCAAAGAAACUCAAAACUCUAGUAUGGAUGAGUGGUUCACCAGUCUGGGCGACACCCGCCUUAGUGAGCUGCUUAGACUGUACGCACAAACCUGUCAACAGCAGCUGGCGCCAUAUCUGUCGAAGGUACCGUUAGAUAAAAGUCUACUUGACCCACCGGAAAACCACAAUCUCUCCGCAUCGUCGCACACAGCGACACUGGCCUUAGCGCAAGCAAGUUCAACGCCCAAUCGGGAGGCUCCGAACCAAAGUCCGAUGCCACCUCCGCCUCCCAGCACGCCUGAUCCAACGCAAACCGGUGAUAAAGCGCCCGGUACACCCAAAUCGGACAAUGAUACGGAAAGCCGUGAACAACUAAAUACGUCGUCGUCAAGCCCAGCCGAUCGCAUGCAGCAUGACGAUGAUGGCAAAGAGCCGCCCCAUAUUGUGUUGUACAUGGUGGAACCUUUCACUUGUGGUACAGACUCGCCCGAAAUUGAGCGGUUAGCCUGUUUAUCGCUGUUGCGUUGCUACUCGAAUACUCUAAAUACGGUACCGGACUCGAUUAGAGCGAAUAUCAGUGUGCAGUUGAUUUCACUGGAAAGCAUCCUAGAGCUGGGACGCAGCAGGAAUCGUUUGCGACUUAGUGAUCACAUGCGCUGCCAGGCUUUGAGCAUAUUUUCUCAGAGUAGACGCUUCAUGCAACAUCUAAAUAAUGUUAAGAGUCUCACCGGUUUUGGUACGGCCGCCAACGCUGAACAGUUCAUGAAGAACAAGGAUGAGAAGAAUCGUGCUCCCUACAAACUCUAUACACCACCGUAUGUGCUGGCGAAACUGAGUGAGAAAAAGGAGAAUUCGGAAUCGUUUGGUCAGACCAGCAUCAAACAGCAAUGUUCCAUCAUGUACUGCAGUUAUUGUUUAAGCGAAGACCAGAGCUGGCUGCUGGCAGUGGCUACUGAUGAUCGAGGGGAGUUUUUGGAAACUGUUACCAUCAAUAUUGAUAUUCCGAAUCGAGUUCGGCGAAAAAGGGCCUCGGCCCGACGGAUGGGUCUACAGAAGCUAAUGGACUUUAUCCUGGGCCUUAUAUCUCAGACAGUGCAACCGUGGCGAAUUGUUAUCGGUCGGAUAGGUCGAAUAGGACACGGAGAACUGAAAGGUUGGAGUUGGCUGCUAAGCAAACAAAAUUUGCAGAAGGCUUCGAAGCAUCUGAAGGAUAUCUGUGAACAGUGCUCACUAAUGCACCCGGUUUCAGUUCCGAGCAUUCUUAGCGCUUGUUUAGUUACACUGGAACCAGACUCCGAGUUAAGGGUUAUGCCAGACCAGUUCACCCCGGAUGAACGAUUUAGCCAGUUGUCGAUGCAGUCGCCGCUAACUACGCCGCAGGACGUAACGUGCACUCACAUCUUGGUGUUUCCUACCAGCGCGAGAACACAGUCGGCGCAAUCGGCAUUUGUGGCUGAGCAUAUCAAUGAUGAACUAGAGCUGACACUCGGAGAUGGCAACCUCGAUGAUCUGGGUCUUGGUGAGGAUUGCGAGGAUGGGAUUACCGGACUGGGCGAUCUAUUUGACAAUUGGGAUGACUUACCAAUGAAUCAGCCGAUACCGCAGGAUUCGCAGCAAGGAAGUCCUUUCGAGGGAAGACAGUUCGAAGGUCAACGCCAGAGUCCAGGCGAUAGUGGUUCAAAUUGUGCCCAGAAUCUCAAUGGUUAUACGACACAAGAGGCUGAGGAUGUCGGUUCACUCGCCCAACAACCGAUGGCCAUCGGGUAUUUGGUUUCCACAGCACCAACCGGUCGAAUGCCGUCCUGGUUUUGGUCAUCUUGUCCGCAUUUGGAAAACGUCUGUCCGGUUUUCCUGCGCAUAGCGCUGCAUCUGAAUAGCUUUCAAAUUCUGCAGAAUAAUGACGAUCCGAUGGCGCAGUCCCAGUCAACGACGGAACAUCCGCUAGAUUCAAACAUGACAGCCGACGUGCUACGCUUCGUGCUGGAAGGUUACAACGUACUCUCGUGGCUUGCCAUGGAUUCUAACACUCACGACCGAUUGUCCUGUUUACCCAUCCACGUGCAAGUGCUGAUGCAGCUGUAUCACAUGACGGCUGCAUUGGCAUAAACAAAGAUGAAAGGAGGUUGGCUCGCUCUCUUCCGUUUCCGCCUGUCUGUGAUAUUAGGGGUAGAGAAGUGAACAAAGCUGGAGAAACGAUGACGUCUAGUAAUGGAACACGUGCAUGCGAUUCACUAAAGUAGUGAGAUAAUUAAGGUUCAAAGUUUUUUUUGGAAAUGGGCAACAAAGUGCAAACUUUUGUUCUGAUAUUUAUUAGAUUUUGUUAGUCGGAUUCGUGUUUUCAGUUACACGAAGCUACGCAACCAUUUGUAUUGUAGCAGCUUGUAUGCAGGAACAAUUAAUAUUGCCGGAAUAACAAGCUGUUUUGUGAAAAAAUGAGACCGGUUUGUUUCGAUAUUUGAAACACUAAUUGGAUCCUUGAAAACAUGCGAAGCAGUCAAGAUCUGGUUUUAAAUUGUACUGGAAUAAUAUUUAACUAUAAAAUUUUUACUGUUUAGUGUGGUGGAAAACAUAGCUGGUGAGAGACUGGCUUCAGCCAGUACAAAUUUCACCGAAGUUCUUCGAGCAGUAUUUUUGUUUCUUUCAUUCGUUUCCAAUUGCGCUGAAAAACGUAAUCUACAAGAAUGUAAUUAUGGAAAUUAGCAAAUGUUACAAUUUCCAAAUAUUGUAAAAUAUCAUCUGUAUAUAUUGUAGUGAGAUGUCAAUUUUGCAGCGAAAAGCUUAAGCCUGUAUAAUGUAUACAUUCUAGGGAAUUGUGGAAAAUUUUUAUUUAGCUAAUAAAAUAGAAAGAAACUAAUCCUCUGUACAUUUAACAUUUAACCGAAAAAAAUGAAAUUGCAAUUUAGUAGUGCACACCGGACUAGUUAUGUUUACACUCACAAACAUUUAGACAAGUCGCUAGGACAAAUUAGGUAAUUGAAUAUGUAGGUUACUUGCUUGUGUUAGACCAAAUUAAGUAUAAUACAGUGAAAGAGAUUUUACACAUACACAAACAAUAUCUCAACAGUGUACUACACUGUAUGUAAAUAAAUUGUGUAUAUAUUUUUGUCUGUAACUAAAAUCAGAUUCAAUGAACCACCCUUCUAGUGUAGGUAUACAUUUAAACAAAUCCAAAUUAGGACAGGUUUAAUAAGUGAGACGAAAUGAAACAAUAUUUCUAUUCAUCUCUUUGUCCAAGCCCGAAGAGAGACCAAAACAAAAAAACGCUCAUACAACACGUCUUUGUGAAUAUAGAAAAAGCAAAACAAAACUGUACACAGUAAGUAGCAUCUAAGCAAACUGCAAUCGAAAAAAGAUCAUUUUAUCUGUACGAUUAAAAUGUAGCAACUUCCCAAGAGGCAUUCUAAACUGAACAGAAAAUCGCAUACCAUACCAGCAAACAUAUAGCAGAUGACACACACACCGACCAGACCGCAAUCGCGAAGCGUUACGCGGGCAAAGAAAUCGAAUCAAAGAGAAUUAAGUAGAUGAUGAAAUAAGCAAAUAAAAAGUAACAAAUUUUUGGUAUUUGCGCCUGCAGGUUUGUAAAACUAGUGGAUACAAAAAAACUUUAUUAGAGAGUAUUAGAACAAGAAUGUUACGAUUUUUGUUUUCUCCGUUACUUUUUCUGCAAGGUGACAGAGAAAACCCACUUGCAGACAAACAAACGGCGGACGAAAUUCAAACUAAACUAGCGUAAUUAUGAAAAGUACAGAAUUAGAAUCAUCAACUUAAUCUCGGUACGAGGAUAAGAAAUAAAGAUGGCAACAUGAAUCGGCGAAAAAAAUAUAUUUAUUAGGCAUGCCGCGGUACGAUCCGGAACCGAAAAUGAAGGAUUAAUGAAAUGUAUUGCAAGCAUGUGAAUUUAGGCCAAAUUGUAUUGAAUUUUCGAGGAAAAAUAUAAGCAGAAAAAAAUGUGAAAGUUUUCAUUUAGAUAAGAACUUUACGCCGAAAAAGAAUAGAAGAAAGAAGCAAAGCAGAACAACUUCAGUUAAGAAAAUAAAAUGAAAACUUAAACGUGAAAGAGCAAUGUGUGAGUAAGCGAAUGUGAAAAAGAGAAAAGUAGUGUAUGGAAGAGAAGGUAUGUCCGCUAUUUAAAAUGACAAUGAACGGUUUGGUGAAUAUAUUGGUGCUUAUCAUGGAAGUCACUUCACGAUGAAAUUAGAGUGAAGUGAAUGAAGUCCUAUUACGGGACUCACGUAAGUGAGAAAAACGUCGCAAGGUGACAUCUGCCAUGAAAUCUGGGUUAUUAUGAGUGUCAUAUGAGUGAAGUGGAAACGGAAAAAGCGACGUUUUGCGUGGAAUUAUCUCACGACUAUUUUGAACGGUGAAAUGAUUUCACGAAGAUAGGAAAGUUCAAAAAUCGAUUGAUUUGUGAUCUAGCGGUAAUAUAUAUGGGAUUUAUUUUCCAGUAAUAAGGCGAAUCUUUUUUUUUUUUCUUGAAAAAAAUCGGCUCUCUGGAACUUACAAAUUUUCGAGCUGCGGCCAAUGGAACGUAAGGGAAAAAUUGACCUUCGAAUUUCGUUUAGCGGUAGGGCUCAAAAGUUUCCUCUUGUAGAAAAAUGUCCUCAUACAAAAUUUCAGCUCAAUCGACUUCCCGGGACUUAUAAAUUUUUGAGCUGGAAAACUCCCAGAUUUCACUUGUCCUGUUCUCAAUUUCACUUCACUGGCAAUCUCACUUCACGGAGGUGAUUUUUGUCACCUCACUUGAGGUGGAAUCGGGAAUAGGUCUAAAAAAGUGAAGUGAGCGUGUGAGUGAAAUAUGUUUCAUCGUGAAGUGACUCCCGUGAUAAGCACCAUUGAGUGCACGCAUUGGAUGGCUUUAAUGUUCACACAACAAAAGAUUGCAGAAUUUGCAAGAAUAUUAUUCGAAAGAAAGAAACAAACAAAAAAACUAUUAAUAUUAAUAAAUUGUAAUUGAUAUAAAUUAAUUACUAUACAUGAAUUAUUAUAAAAUCUAUUACUACUUGUAUAUGUUAAGGUUUCGUUUACAAAAAAAUCAUGAAAAUAAAUGAAGCAUUGCAAAAAAUAA